AUGGUUGACAUUGGGGAAUCAGGGAGACAAAGUGAUGGAGGAACAUUUGCUAAUAGUAACAUUGGACAAGUCAUCACUAAUGAUUUGUGUGACAUUCCUGAUCCAUGUAAACUAGACAGAUCAACAUUUAUAGCCCCAUACGUUUUUGUUGCUGAUGAUGCAUUUCCUUUACAUUACAACAUUAUUAAACCCUAUUCCCAUAUUAAUCUCAGUCUAAAUGAAAUAAUUGCAAAUUACAGAAUAUGCCGGGCAAGAAGGACAAUUGAAAACACAUUUGGAAUUAUGGCUGCAAGAUUUCGUAUAUUUCGUCGUCCUAUUGUGGCAAAAGUAUCAACAGUAGAAUCCAUCACAAAAGCUUGUGUAGCAUUGCAUAACUAUCUUAUGAAAGAUCGUUUUAGUGAUGGAGCUAGUCGAUGCUGCCCUGUCAGAUUCAUUGACCAAGAAGUUCACAACAGGCAGAGAGAUGGUCUGUGGAGAACUGUAGUGCAAGCUGAUACCGGGCUCCAACCUGUUGGACGUACUGGAUCCAAUAACUAUAGCAGAGAUGCAAAGCUAGUGAGGGAUCAUUUUCGAGAUUAUUUUGUGUCACCUGCUGGAUCAGUCCCUUGGCAAACAGAAAUGAUUUUGCUGCAAUGCACCAGAGAAUAAAUAAUGGUAAUUGAACUGAGCGGAGGGCAAUUUGGACUGAAAUCAAACGUGUGAUUACAAAGUCGCACAACUGCGAAGUGGGAUUUGGAAUCACAAGUUUGAUUUCAGUCCAAAAUUGCACCACACAAAGUUCAAUUUCUUUAUUAUAUUCAUUUUGAAAUCCUGAAUCAAUUUUGUAAACUGGAAACAAUUAAUUCUUUGUUUACAAAGACACACCCGCGAUACUCCUUAAUUAUUGUAGUAUAGCCUAGCAAACAAGCUAACAAGUUAAAGCUAAAAUAAAUGCAAACUAAAAAUUUAUCGUGGAAAGAUAUUGAAAGGCUACAAAGUACUUGCAAACAUACUAUAGUUUUAUAAAUAAUUUGAUAAAGGUUUGGUGUGGUAGUGUCUAUUCAAACCACAACCGCCGAGUCAUUUACACUUGAUACUAUGAUCACAGAUCGACAAAUUAUUUACCUUGUUUUAUACCUUGUUUUAUUCAAAAAUGUUAGGCAGUCUAUUGACAAAUAAUAACUAAUUACAACUUGAAAAUUCAUGAUGAUCAGAUUUGGUUGUUAGGCAGAUCACAUUUUUCUUAAAAUUGAUUGGCUGGUUGAAUCCUAUAAUUAAGUCUGAUUAGUUAAAAAAAUGAUGUGAUUUCAACUCAAGCUGUUGCAAGUAAUUUUGAAAUCGCAUUGAUAUGAGUGCGAUUUGUGCUGAAAUUGCACUGCUAUUAGCCAAUCAGAUUGCAGGAAACCUCCAUUGAUUUCAAAAUGAAUAUUAAUAAUAAAUAGGUGAAUGACACAGUGUGACCAUAUAUGCAAUUUUUUUUACUAAAGCUGCUUAAAAUUGGUUGGCUGCCCCCUCCUGUUCUUAAUGUUGCAGUUGUUUAAAGCAGAUGGGGUUGUCUAAGGGCAUCCAACCGGAUCUGGUAAUAAAAUGUACUAAACCUGGUCACACUGGAAUGACAUUCUUUGGGUUUGAGAACAAUACAAUACUUUGGCCUGACGUUUUGUGCACAUAGAAUGUAAUGUAAUGUCCAUGCACAGUUAUAUACAGUAGUGCACAAUUAAUAUGUACUGUAGAUAAUUAGGUCUUUUUUAUCUUUUUGCUCAAAGACUAUAACCUAUUAUAAGCAGAAGUAUCACUUUGAGAUUUGGCUAGCCCAAUAUGUGUCUCUUGAAAUUUAUCAACCCAAUUUAUCAAACCAUGUGUGAAGUGUUUCCUUGCGAAAUGGAGUAUCAUUGGCCAAAUUUAACUGUUUAUUAUUAUUCAUGAAUAUUUACAAUACACCCAGGAUAUGAAACACUUCAGUAAAAAAUUACUGCUAUUACUGUGUAACAAUCCGAUAAACAAUUUGAUUAUUUCAAAAGUAAUAUUAAAUCUUGGAAAUUAAUAAAUGAAGUUAUUAAUAAGAAUAAAGGUUCUAGAAAACUUCCAGCAAUUUUUAAUUUAAAUGAUACAGAAAAUUGUCGAAAUUGCUAAUCAUUUUUGUGAUUAUUUCAAUAAUAUUGGUUAUAACUUAGCCAAGAAAAUUCCUGAUGCUAAUAUUUCACAUCAAACUCAUUUAUCUGGUUAUUUAUUCCAGUUCAAUAUCACUAAAUUUAACUACCCAGCUGGAAGUAUCGGAUAUAAUCAAUUCACUAUGAUCCGGGACUGCUGCUGGUUAUGAUAAUAUUCCGAUAUCUGCCUUGAAGGAUUCUGUUGACUUAAUCUCAGGACCGCUUGCUCAUAUAAUUAAUUUAUUUUUUUCCCGUUUUUUUUUUUCUGAUAAUAUGAAAAUCACUCGUGUUAUUCCCCUAUUCAAAUCCGGUGAUCGUAGGAUUUUCCAAAACUAUAGACCCAUAUCAAUCUUACCAAUAUUUUCAAAAAUACUUGAAAGAGUUCUUUACAAGCGGGUUAUGGAAUACAUAAACAUAUCGGAUAUUCUUUUUCACAACCAAUAUGGCUUUAGGAAAAAUCAUUCAACUUCUCUUGCUUUAACUUACUUAUGUGAUAAAAUAACAUCAGCAAUAGAUAGAAAGCAGUUUACAGUUGGAAUAUUUCUUGAUCUUUCUAAAGCUUUUGACAUGGUAAAUCAUAGUAUUUUGCUUGAUAAACUUUAUCACUAUGGUAUCAGGGGAGUAGCUUUCAAUUGGAUGAAGAGUUAUCUUAGCAACAGUGUACAAUUUGGUUUAAUAUAAUGAAACCUUUUCUUCAAAGUCGAUUAUCCAGUGCGGAGUGCCUCAAGGUUCUAUUCUUGGGCCACUCGUAUUUCUCCUCUAUAUUAAUGACUUAAGUAAUGUUUCCAAUAUCCUUGAAUUGAUUUUGUUCGCCGAUGAUACCAAUAUAUUUUUUUCUCACCAAAAAUUUUCAUCUCUUGUAAAUACUGUUAAUUAUGAAAUUGACAAAAUAUCUGAAUGGUUUAAAGCCAAUAAGUUGUCGUUAAAUUUAAAGAAAUCUAACUACGUGAUAUUUAAAUCGAGACAAAAAAGAAUUGAUAUUGAUUUAUCUUUGAAAAUAAAUGAUCAUCAAAUCACUAGGGCAAAAGAGGUUGUUUUCCUUGGAGUUAUUCUAGAUGAACAUAUUUCCUGGAAACCUCAUAUUUCUUACGUUGCCAGGAAAAUAUCAAAAUCUGUAGGUAUUAUAUACAAAGCGAGUUUUUUCCUGUCCAAAUCUACUUUACGUAAGUUAUAUUUUUCUCUAAUUUACCCUUACUUACAGUAUUGUAUAACUGUAUGGGGUUCUACGUACCCCACUAAUCUUAAUCGUAUUAUUCUACUUCAAAAGCGUAUUAUUAGGAUACUCGAUAAACAACCAUUUGAUGCACAUACUGAUCCGCUUUUUAUUAAGUUAAAAAUUCUUAAGUUCGAUUGGAUUUAUUUGCAUCAUCUUGGAAAAUUCAUGUAUCAAUAUCACAACGGCUUACUACCUAGAAGUUUUGACAAUUUCUUCCUACCUGUGAACCAAGUUCAUAAUUAUUUCACACGGUCGACUAAUCUGUACCAAUUAUCGUUCUGUAGGACUAAUAUUAGAAAAUUUUCUGUCGCUUAUCAAGCUCCUAAAUUUUUUAAUUCAUUAAGUGAUGACAUACGAAGUGCACCUAGUAUUACGUCAUUCUUUUCUAAAUUAAACAGUUUUCUAUUUACAUUGUGAUAUUGACGUUUGUGAGUGUUUUUAUUUUUUGUGAUUGGUUACUUUCUUUUUUUUCUUGUAUUUCUUUCUUGUAUUUAAUUCUGUGUUUGGAUUUAUAUUCUGUGUGACUGACCACUGAUCUAUCAGCUUUAAUUGUGUGAAAAAGGAGCCCAAUAUAAAAUAAGCCUCUUGGUUUCAUUUUGGGCUACCUUGCCUUUAUUUCUUUAUAUUGUUAUAUAAAUAUUUUUUGUUUGUGUGCGUGUGUGUUAAUCGUAAUUAUUAUGUAUAUUAAUUUGGCAAAAUAAAUUUGAUUUGAUUGAUUGAUUUGAUAGCGUGGCUAGUCGAAUUUUCGUAUCUCGCUUUUCUAGGCCAGUGGCGACUUCGUAAUCUUCCCACUGCUGUUUGAAAAACUCCCAGUUGGCUACUUUAUCUCCCUGGCAAACCAUCGGGGAAGGUACCGGGAAAGUAGAUGUAAAAUUUAACGUUGUAGCUUGAGCAACGGCUUGUUGUUCACCGCUUGUAUCUGGCAUGUUUAUGACACCAUGUUUGUAAUCGGUAUUUUUAAUGUCUCAUAUAUACAUCAACCUUUCUCUACUAGGUCUAACCAAAAAGUGUCUCAUAAAAGUUACAACAACAAUAUGUAAAUCCGUGUCCUCGUUCAGCCAAGUGUGUCUGAUCGUGUGACCUAACAUAUUUGCAUAUCGGAAGUAAUAACCUGGAAGUUCAUAUCGUAACAAAGGUUAUGCAAGUAGAUACAAGCAAAUAUAGAAACCAAAGUCGAGAAAUUCGACAUGAAAAUGUAUAGGGUCCAUGCUCAACUUUACUGUUUUUAGCGAUAGCUAUUGAAAAUUUGUCCAUCAUCAAUGUCAUCAUCCCUCAUCUACAUGCAUGUAUGAUUACAUAAUUGAUUGCGGUUUAAUAAGAUUUAGAAGCAGUUUUUAUUUUUAGACUACAUGAUAUUAUAUUCUUCGAUGUUAACACGUUCUUUGAAAAUAUCGCUAUCCAUUGUCCGCUUCCAAAUCAUGACUACUUUGGGCAAGUAUCAGAAAAAAGGCGGGAACGGGAAAUUGGGAUGAGGCAUGGCGGGAUAACGGGAUUUUAUAUGAAAAUUGGUCGGGAUAGCGAGAUUUCGGAACCCAGUACAGGCCCCUCUCUAUAGUUGAUGUCGCUCAACUCGCUCCGAUGCGAAUCCGGUAUCGCGUAACUGGGGUGUUCGUGUUUAUAUGUCUUCCUGUUUAAACGUCUGUCGGGUAUAUUAAGCCGUUGUUGGCAGGCACCGUGUGUGUCGAUCAAGGAUUUGUACAGUAGCUCGCUCGAAGAAAUGCACAAAUUAAUAACCAGUUGAUUCCCAGCGCGAUGAAACACUUAUCCACAUAUUCACUGCUCUUCUGAUGUGCUCUUAGUUUAUAUUAAGAUUUGUUUAGCAAAUUCGAUUGGUGGAAUCGUUUACGAAUAUUGUUCAAAAUUUUGGAUCAGAUUUGAAUUAAAGCCAAACAAUUGUUGUAACCUAACAUUUGUAUACAGUUAACAUAUUGUAUAGUUGCAUUCGAUUUAUAUGAAACCAAGUGGGAGGUGGUCAAUUUUAACGACCUAUCACUGGCAUGCUCUUCUUUACCUAUCUUUCGCCUGAUUUCUAAUAAUUUGUUUCCAAAUCGUUCCUACACCAAAAAUAUUUGAAAUUCAAUUAAGUAUAUUUCAUACAUACUACACUGUCUUUCGUAAAUAUUAGCAAAGUUUGAUAAAUACGAAAAACGGAAUUUCUUAUUUCGACAGUGAAAGUGUUUCCUAGAUUUACGCGUCGAUCGCCGAUUAAGCUAGAUUGAAAAACUCUACUCAUGCCUAACUCGACUUAUUUUAGUUAUUUAUAGAAUAUCAUUGAUUUACUAUGUUAUAUUAUUAUAUAGUAGCACUUCAUCGAAACGACGAGAAUUAGGAAUGGCAUAUUCUACGUGUGACACAAAUGCUCUUCGAGAUGCCAUAUUGCGAAUGUGGACACCAGCAGUUGGCGCAAAGUCAUUAUAUGAAGUAACUGUACGUAAUCAACAAAAAAUCAAUGCUUCAUUCGGGCAUGGUAAUUUUUAUGGUCGACUAAUGGCGUCACGCAACAUUCCAAUGCGCCCAUUCUUCCCAAACGUGCAGGAUUAUUCCGACAACCAACCACCGUUCGAGAUUGCAGAAGAGAUACUCUCAGGCAGUUGGAGUGAAGGGUUGUUCUUGUACGGUCACUCAAAAAUAAAAAUUCCCGAUAUGGAUUAUAUGUUGGUUCUAAAAAAUAUUUCAUUUUCCAAAGAAGAUCAACUUUCCGGUAACUUGACAUUAAAGGAAGACACGCCAUUUGUUUACGCUUACAUAACAGAUGAAGACUCCGUGAAAAUGUGGAAUGAGUUUUUGGCAGACCGAAAGGAUGUAGCAGGAAAGCGAUUAUCUUCGAGGAAACUAAAACAAAAGCUACACCAGAACUACCAGAAAUUGCCUUUAAUUUCGCAGAGUGAUAAUUCUAAUGAUGUUGACGAUGGGGCGGCCAUGUAUAUCAAUAGAGUUGACUAUGCCACGCCUUCAUUAAAGGCGGCUAGCAAAGUGCUUACCAACCAAUUCGGGCGACAUUUUGGUAAUAUAAUAGAUUUUGCAAGAGAACUUCAGAAUGAGAUCUUCACAGGUUCGGAUAUUGUGCUAGCCAUAUCGUGCGAAGGUUGGCCGUGUUGUGCAAUAGAAUGGAUAAAUCGGGAUCGGAUAUGGCCACAUCGUCAUGUGGUGCAGAAAAUUACGGAAGAUGGUUUCCACAUUGUUCCCAAGAGGUCGACAGAAGGAGAUUUCCGCUUGUCGUUCUCGUGCGCUGAAACUAAACUGAUUGAAAAUCUGACUGAGCUACAGCAUAAAGUACUUCGCUCUUUCAAAGCUGCAGUUAAAUACUAUCAGGACACUUGGAGUCCAAAUAUCAAGGAAAUUAUCACAACAUAUCAUCUAAAAACAAUCGCAUUUUGGCAUUUUGAAAAAAUUACACAAGGCUCCAUCACUAAGGAGACAGUGGUCACGCAUCUCAUUUUAUUGCUUCAAGAGCUGGCACACGCUUUGAGAAUACGAGAACUUCCCAUGUAUUUUAUGCCCAAGGUGAACCUGUUUGAAAAUGUUGAAAAUUCUGAGGAGACGAUUAAAAUAGCGGAAAAGAUCGACCGAUUAGCCGUGGAAUAUCCUUUUCUAAUAAUAGCUUUAGAGAACAUCACGUGCUGUUUUAGACAACCUCUUGGGCUUGCAAGUUUCAAAAUGGGAGAAUUUACUGACUUUUCGUCUAGGCUACAAAAGACAGGAAAAUCAAGUGGAGUACAAAAUCCUUCAGAAGGAAUGAUGCAAGAAUUAUUUACGUGUUUAGAUAGCAUGAAGGGAUUGCGUGCAUGUCUGAACCCAAUGACCUACAUGAAAUCUACACCACAAAAUGAGCGAACAGUUCCAGAACAAACCGACGGAACUCCCAUGUCUACCAAUAAUUCGACAAUUCUACAACAAUUUUAUUUGGAUACAGGAGAAUUGAUUGACUUAGAUUAA